AUGUCUACUAGCUGUGGUAUUUGCUAUGAUGAUUAUGACUCCGACGAACAAAUCCCCUGCAUCGGAACGUGUGGUCAUACAAUUUGCGAUAGAUGUCGCCUUCUGAUGCACUCAUCGAAAUGUCCUCAUUGUAACCGAAAAGAGGCAUUUUCUGUGAAACAUGUUAAUAAACAACUCUGGGAUCUCAUUCAAUUUUCCAACUUUGUUUUCGGAAAACCUCAAAAUGUUGAAGAUAAUAAAAAUCUGAAACAAUGUACAAACUGUGGAGAGUUCUCGAAAAAACUGAGAGUUUGUCGCGAUUGUUGUGUUCGGUCGGGCAUCGUCCAGAAGUAUUUCAGAGGAGAUGAAGAAGUACUGGGAGAUGAGGAUGAAGUAUGCGAGAAAAUAAGGAGUCAGGCAAUGUGUGGAGAUUGUAUUAUUGAUGGAGAACAUUUUAGACAUUCGACUGAGAAUUUGGAAAAAUUUAUUGAAAGUUAUCUUGAUUUUUUGAGGAUUAUUAAAAAGUAA